GAGGAACUGGGCGGGAACGGAUACGUUCUGGACCUGUUGCCGCGUCUGCAGGGCCAGUACGGUAAAGGCGACAAUGGUAUCCUGGUCGCGCUGCUGUGCAUGAACUUCUUGUCAUUGGAGGCUGGGGAUGCGUUGUAUAUCCCGGCCGACGGCAUCCACGCCUACUUGUCUGGGGAUAUCGUGGAGUGCAUGGCUCGGUCGAACAAUGUCCUCAACACAGGCUUCUGUCCACCCGGCGACAGAAACAACAUUGAUUUGUUCAGCAAGACGUUGACGUUCAAGGCGCAUAGCAAGGACGACGUGCUGCUACCUGCGGAGAAGAGUCCUCGGGGCACAAAAGGACGCACGGUCGUGUACCCGCCGCCGUUAAGCGAGUUUGACAUGUUGAAGACGGACUUGGAUGAGGGGAACAAGACAGAAAUUCUAAAGGCAGGUGAAGGACCCUCAGUGGCUAUUGUCACUGAUGGCGAGGGGGUUCUUGAGGCGGAUGGGAAGGAAUUUAACGUAAAGGCUGGUCACAUCUACUUUGUUGCUCCUGGUAUUGAGAUCAAGUGGGAAAGCAAGGGUAACAUGCAGGUGUUUACGACUGUGGUAUGACCUAGACAGACAUUGAUGGAGGAUAUGCGAAAGGAUUAGCAGAUUUAGAAGUAUGACCUAAUGAGACGAUGGUUAGGAUAU